UUCUCUCUCCAACUCUCACACUUUCAGACACGCACUCUUUCUCUCUCUCACAUCCCGAAACAAUCGAAAGCCCCAUCUUUUAUUUCUCACUCCUGCUCUCUCCUCACUUUCUCUCUAUAGGGUUUUCGUGAUUUUCGCACUCAAAUUCUUCUCUCUGAGCUGCGAAUCGCAUCGCCCAGCUCAGCUCGGUGCCUUAUCGGAGUAUAGCUCUAUCAAACGGCGUCGUUUUAUGGCUUAGCCGUUGAAGAAUCGAUGACCAGCUUCGCUAGAGAGCGAGAUCGAGUGCCGUUGCCUUCAGGUUGCGCUUCUGAGCCCUAAUGUUCCCAAUUCGCUGGUUGUUUGGGGUCAAUUUUUCUUUCUUGUUGGCUCUUUGGCGUGUUUUCGGGGUGAUUUUCUUGAACCACUUCCCAAACAAGCUGGUUAUGGUGGUGAAUCUUGCGAUGGUUGAACUUCUUGUGAAAACCCUAGGGUACAUUGGAUUUGUUGCUCUUGCUUCUUGAAAUUCUUGGUUUUUUAGUGUGCUUGCGUGAAUGGCUGGUUGUCGGGGCACAUUUCAAAGUAUAUCCUAGUAGUAUUACUGUUAUCGAGUUAAUGAUGGGGUCUUUCGUCCAAGUUAACUCAAUCUCCAUAGAUCUUGCCGAUGCUAUUGGGGAUAAGGCAUCAGCUGGAAAAUGCCAACACUUCUCGAUACGUGGUUAUGUAUCUGAAAUAAGAAAGAAAGACUGGAAAAAAUGUUGGCCAUUUCCAGUAAAUGAGUCUGAGGAAAAUCCAUCGCUUCCACCACUUGAUGUACCAACAUACAGAUGUUUUGGUUGUGAGAGCUGUCAUCAAGAAAGUGUAACUAAGGACAUGGAUAAAGAUGGCCAAACAGACUUUAAUUGUUGCAGUAGCGGUUGCAAAUCUGAUACAAACUGUGGUAAAGCAGCUGUCAAGUCACUGAUAAGCAGCUGUCAAAUAUACAUCAUCUUAAAAGGAAAGAUAGUGAAAUCAAUGCUUUUGGAGGGCCUAGCAUUCCUUCUAAACACACAAAUUCUAUCUCUGCAGGAAAAGGAGCUCAUCUUGAAGAAAUCGCAGGUGCAAGAAUCAAAGAGAAACCUGUUGAAGGUGUAGAGAAUCUAGGUAGUAUGAAAAGAUACGGUGAAAAGACAACAGAGUUAUCCGAGGCUGGAACAUCGAUGAUAUACCGAUGGAAAUUGUGGAACUUAUGGCAAAGAAUCAAUACGAGAGGUGUAUUCCUGAUGUUGAAAAUAGAAGUUCGAAGUUGGAAAAAUCAACUGUUAGAAAGAAAACAAAUGACUUUCUUGCAGUGCCAUGCAUGAGAUGGGGGUGAGGUUGUUAAAAGAGAGUCACAAGGAUAAAUCUCAUGGAAUACCUAAGAAACACAACAUGGUAGAAAGAGAGAAUUUGAAGCCUUGCAAAAGAAAGUCGGUUCACUAUUUUUCAAUUGAUGGAAACAAUUUGAGUAUGAAUAAACUGUGUCCACCCCAACUGCCCUUUGAAUUUGAAGUUUCCCGAUCCCAAAAUAAGUCACUAAGUGGAUUCCAGUUUUCACCUAUGGGUCCUUCUCACCAGCUUGAUAGUACUCGAGGUGGCAAGUUUAAUUUGAGUCUUGAAGAGUGUGGAUCCUCUAAUUUCGAAGUAUAGGAGGAUGUAGUUUACAUAAGAUAAUCUUACAGCAAGAUGGUGAGGCUUCUCGUACUUUUUGGACAUCUUUGACUCCAACCCAUAUAUAUCUUCCUAGGAUAUGAUCACCCAAAAGGGUUGUUUCUCACGCUGCCACUAGUAAGAUGGACAUGACUUCACUCAGGUCUAAUUUACUUCAUAAGCAGAACAUGAAGAGACAUGUUGAUCUUAACUAUAUAAAUCUCAAGGUUGCUGGUCUAGAUAAGUUGAAUAGGAAGUCCUGGAACUUUCCGCAGAAUAAAUUGUGAAUAUUCAUAUCCUUGCAAACACAAGGGAAUGGAUCAUCAUCAAAAUUUGAGGGGUUCUCUGGAUUUCUAUUCCAAUGAAACAAUACCUGCGAUGCAUUUACUUAGCCUCAUGGAUGUAGGAGUCACGUACACCAUUAAUGUCAGUGGUAUAAAUGGUGAAAUGCUUAAAAGAUCUCCUUGUCCUGUUGAUUGCAAUAAAGGUAAAAACUAAAUUGGUCCCUGAAAAAUUUUGGUGCUGACAAAAUAGUACUUGCCUUUUGUUAUUGACGAAAUGGUCGUUGAAAGAUUUUAAAAUUUGACAAGCGUGCCUCCGAGCUUGCCAAAGUACAUCUCUGGCGAGCACGAUGCUGACGUGGCCACCAUAUUUUAAUGAUUUGGCAAACCCCCCAACCCUAAUCCUUCCCCUCCCCAAUGCACUCCCCCUCUCCCUCCCCAACGGAUUCUCUUGCUAUCGCACUCUCACGCUCUUGCUUUCUCGUCGAACAGUGUGAACACGAAGAUCUUGAUUCGGUCCUUAGGCUUCAUCGGUGUUCCUUUGUUACUCUGUGCACGUUCUAUCAACCCCGUGUUGUAGAUCUUCGCAUUCUGCAUUCUGAGGAGUAGCAGUGUUGCCACCCUUGGAAGGCAAAUAUUGACUCUGUAACCAUUAUUUAUAACCGUUAUUUCCAAGCUUAUGUUUCCAAACGCUAGAGCAUCAAUGGCGGAUCUCGCAGGAAGGUAACAAUGUCAGUCAUUAUGGGAACGAGGUUCAUGGCGAAAGUGACGAAGGAAGGAGAGAAGGAAGAAGCAAGAACCGGCAUGCUGUGUGUGACCUUAAUCUUGCGGUCAAGUCUGUUGGCGUCAAGGUGGUCGUCAUUGUUGUCUACUGUGGUGGUGAGGUACUCUCGCUGACGGCGAUGGUGAUGACGAAGGUGGCAGGCAUGAAGGGGAG